AUGAGCACGGCGCGGCUUCGGAAAACAUUCAAGUAUCCCUCCGAAGAUGAUGCAGACAUGUCUCACGAAGAGAUGGACGAAGAAGAACAAGAACACCUCCUCCAGAACCUGCAGGCCUCCGAGACCUCGACCAAUGCCAUCUACACCGUCAUGUUCACGGCCCUGCCGCUCGUCGUCACCCUCCCGUUCAUGAUGUACCUCACCAUGUCGACCUCGCGAGCCAUGGCGUUUCUGUGCCUGUUGAGCAUCACCUCGCUCGCCUCCAGCGCCUACAUCAUGUACAUGGUCCCGACGUCGACGCCGCUGGGAUCCCUCUCGGCCUCGUCACGCUCAUCCCCGACCGCCACGCGACAGAGACACGUGCACGGCACCGGGAUCCCCCAGACGGGCUUCCUCCUCUCGGCCGCCGACAGCCCCAUCAACCAGUACCUGCCCUACCUCAACGCCUUCAUCGACGUGCUCCUGUUCAUCGCGUCCAUGGGCUACCGCUCCCGGAGUGACGUGCCGGAAGGUCUGUGGCUGUUUUUGUUGCUCCCCGGCCUCAUCUUUGGAAUGGUCUUUCUCACGAGGAAGAGUAUGUCCGAGGUUAAUGCGGGAUUGGCCGAGUUGGAGGGCCUGAGGUACGACUAUAGGGGUGCCUGA